GGCUGCGCCUGGCUCCUGCCGGGAGAGGAGCGAGCGCAGCAGGGACGCGGCCUGGAGAGAGUGCGCGCACCUCAGAGCAGGAUGGUGACUGCCAAAGCUUGGGUUCUAAAGAAGCAUUUUGAUGGUUUUCCCAAAACCAGUGACUUUGACCUGAAAGAGAUAGAGCUACCAAAUCUAAAGGAUGGAGAGUUGCUGCUUGAAUCCGUGUUUCUCAGUGUUGAUCCUUACAUGAGGCCUUACAGUCAAAGGGACAUGAAAGAAGGUGACAUAAUGAUAGGCACGCAGGUUGCCAGGAUUGUAGAAAGCAAAAAUCCUGCUUUUGCAGUGGGGGCCUUUGUUUUGGGUAACAAGGGCUGGAGAACUCAUUUUAUCUCUAAUGGGAAAGAUCUACAACUCCUUCCUUCCAGUUGGCCAGAAUCACUCCCCAGAUCUCUAGCUCUUGGAACAGUUGGCAUGCCAGGCCUCACUGCAUAUUUUGGUCUGCUGAAGGUCUGCAAGGUGAAGCCAGGAGAGACAGUGCUGGUUAAUGCUGCAGCUGGCGCUGUGGGCUCUGUGGUGGGGCAGCUCGCUAAAAUUUGGAGUUGCAAAGUGGUUGGCUGUGCUGGCUCAGAUGACAAGGUUGCCUAUCUGAAAAAAAUAGGCUUUGAUGAAGCCUUUAAUUACAAGACUGUUAAAUCUCUGGAUGAAGUGCUGCGUAAAGCCUCUCCUGAUGGCUAUGACUGUUUCUUUGACAAUGUGGGUGGAGAAUUUGCCAGUGUUGCUAUCAACCAGAUGAAGAAGUAUGGAAGGAUUGCAGUCUGUGGUGCCAUCUCUCAGUACAAUGACACUGUGCCUCAGAAAGGGCCUUAUGUGCAGAUUCCCAUGAUUUUCAAAGAGCUUCAAAUGGAAGGGUUUAUUGUGACCCGAUGGAAGAACCAGUGGGAGGAAGGUCUGCAGGCUCUGCUAAAGUGGGUCGUGGAGGGAAAAAUGAAGUACCAUGAGCAAGUCACUGAAGGAUUUGAGAACAUGCCAGUGGCUUUUAUAGGAAUGUUAAAGGGAGAAAAUCUUGGAAAAGCUGUUGUAAAACUGUGAAGAUCAGAUAUUUCUGGGAGACUGGUGAAGCAGAAUGUGAUUCUGUUAAAUGCUUUUAAUUCACUUGUCAAAUCAUACGAUCAUCAUGUUUCCGUCAU